UUGAAGAUACUAGAUAUUAACAAUAUCAAAGAAAUUCCUGAGGAAUACAUACUAAAGAGAUGGACGAUUGAUGCCAAAGCCCUAUGCAUACAAAGCAAUUGUGACACACAUGUAGAUUCCAAAACAAAGCUAUCGAAACGCAGAAAAGAGUUAUGCAGAAUGUUUGUUCGACUCGCUGCCCGAGCCGCAGAAUCCGAAGAAACAUACUUCAUGGCUGUGAACAAUGCAGAGAAAUUAGCAAAAGAUGUGGAGAAGAGCCUGAAAAUAAGGGCUGAUCCAGAUUUGGAUAAUUCAUCUUGUCCACAAGCUACACAGCAAAAUGACAAGCCUGGAAAACCAAGAGGCAUCAAGGUUAAGCAAAAGACAGUCCGUGGGUCUGCAAGGCCAAUUGGUGGUUUUGAGAAGGCAACAAGAGAGAGCAAAAAGACGAAGAAGGACCCCAAGGAACCUGGUUCUGCAAUAGAAGCGGAGAUUAUAACACAUUCACAGCCACAAUACACCAUAUUGGGUCAUUUAGGGACUCCUACAGUUCAAAAUCACAUGCAUACACCGGGCUACUAUCCAGUUGGGAAUGCUUCACUGCCAUCCUUUGGUUCUUGGCUUGGAGUCCCUCAACAUGGCCAAGAUACGCAACAAGGAAAUGCCACCCAGUCAUUCAAUAUAAAUCCCUACAAUGUGUUCAACCAUUUUCAUUGAAGUUAUCAUCUAUUUAGAAGAAUGCAUGUAUUUUGUGCACUGGGAUCCGAAUC